AUGUCGUCUGAAGUUAUCAACCAGGUUGCCAUCCUCACAGCUAAGCCAGAAAAGCUUGACGAACUCAUUGCCGAAUUAGCCAAUAUUACCCGGAAGGUGCAAGAGGAUGAGCCUGAGACCACUGUAUACUAUGCCUUCUCUAUCGCGGAUACAAAUGAAGUCAUAGUCGUUGAAAGAUAUGCAAACCAGGACGCAUUGGAAAGACACCGUGUUGCACCUUACUUUCAGGAACUCAUUAAAAAGGCUCCAACCCUGUUGGCAAAACCUUUGGCGCUCAAAUCUGGCAGACAUUUGCUUCAAGACUCUGCACAAGUCAUCCGCCUAUGA